UCACCUUGACUAGGGUUGUAUCAUGGAAUGAGGAAAAGGAGAUCACACCAUCUGGACAGAAUACUUUUAGAUAUUCACUCUCAUCGAUAACAACUAUCAGUAAUGUGAAAAGUAGACAUAAUAAAUUGACCGCGAAUUUGAGAGAAACAGUUGUAAGUCAGGUCCAGUUUCAGAAUGUACCGCCAGUGCGCGAGUCUGGUGGAACGACACCGGUCAGAGCUGAGUUUCGCAUUGCUGUUGUCAGGCUAUGCGCUCUACCUGAUUCUUGGCGCAUGGGUCUUCUCCGCCGUGGAGCUUCCAUAUGAGCAACGGCUACGCGAACAACUGGAGACCGCCCGGCAGAAGUUUCUCUGGGACAACGCGUGCGUGUCUGACGAACGGCUCGAGGAGCUUCUGACCCGCGCGCUGCAUGCCAAUAACUACGGCGUGUCGGUGCUCGGUAACGCUAGCGAAAACAACUGGGACUUCAUCUCCUCUCUGUUCUUUACCAGCACAGUUCUAACCACCACAGGCUAUGGUCACACUGUGCCACUGUCAGAUGGAGGAAAGGCAUUCUGUGUGUUCUACUCUCUCCUCGGAAUCCCCGUCACUCUCCUCUUCCUCUCCGCCCUGGUACAAAGAAUUAUGGUCCUGGUGACACGCCGGCCUGUGGCGUACCUUCACCUGCGAUGGGGCGUGUCCAAACCGAAGUUUGCCGCUGUCCAUGCGGCAUGUCUAUCCGUUGUUGCAGCACUGCUCCUCUUCCUCCUACCAGCGGUAGUGUUCUGCAGGCUGGAGCCUCUAUGGAGCUACCUGGAGUCCCUCUACUUCUGCUUCAUCUCGCUUACUACAAUUGGCCUAGGAGACUAUGUACCUGGAGAGACUCACAAUACCGUUCCCAACUCUCACCGCACGCUAUAUAAGCUGGCUAUUACACUGUACCUGUUGCUGGGCUUGGUGUGUCUGUUGGUGGUGGUGGAGACGUGUUGUGAGCUGCCACAGCUGAAGAGCUUCAAGAGGAGAUUCUACAGAGAAAAUAAUGCUCCAGAGUCAGAGACUAGAGACCAGGAGGAGUUUAGCAGCACAGAACAUGAUCAAAUGACUGAUCACCUAACUGAUCAGCUGACCUUCUCCUCAGUGUCCGCCCAGGCUGCCUCCCUCCGCCAGGACAACACACCCUGGCAAUAGCAUAAAAUAGAUACUUCACUGUGUAUUGAUGUUAAUGGAAAUGUGUCUUCUGCCUUAUGCCCCUCCUCCCUCACACACACACACACACACACACACACACACACACACACACACACACACACACACACACACACACACGUUGAGAUGCAGCCGCAGUGCAGCACCCCUGAAAGGAGAGCCAUUAUGGGGGGUUAAAAUGUCUUGCUCAAUGGAUGGUAUAUAGGAUCAGAAACCAGCAGCCUUCCAUCUGCCAGUUCAGUUCCAUUCCCAUGUUUGUGUCGCCUGGUCCGGGGUUUGAACCAGCAACCUCCCAGCUGUUGGGCACGUUAUUUUUUGCAUCGCCUAGUGCUUUGGUUGGGCGGAGUUUGCACAUUUUAAAGUAGACCAUUCCAUUGGUCCUAAAGUGAAAUAUCCACCAACUAGACAAUGCAAAACGAGCUCAUCCAUAAUAUGUGUGUGUGGGGGGUGAGUGGCAUAAAUUGUAUGCCACUGUCUUGUAUGUGGAGGGUGAGCAGGUUGGUUUUGGGUGCUCUACACUUCCUCAUUCAAACAAAUUAGCUAUACAGUUUGAAUGAGAGAUGUGUGGCUAACCAGUGUGUUGUGGGAUUGGCGAUUACUCUAGACCAGUAUCUCCCAAUAAAUUCAGGGAGCUGGCAUUUCAUGGGAGAUAGUCUCCCACAGCUAAAUAAUGCAAUUCAGUAAAGGUAUAGCUUGAGUGGGGGUGGCGUUGAUGGUACUGCCAGGGAGGGAGAAACAUCAGUCAGACAGGCCCGGAGUUUUGCAUCAGGCACCUCUGUCUGAAGUUCACAGCUACUCCUCUGUAGGUAGGCUGGAACAUCCACCACCGAAUGUGUAGCACCCACCUGGGUAAUGUUUCGGCAGAUAUAAGAGCCUGAGAGACUACCACACCUCAGCAGUAAUCAGUAACAGUGUCCUACAAGUCAAGCCUCUGUCAUCUCCUCACACCACAGUCCACAUCCUUCCAGAAACAGGAGCAGGUGGAAUAAAAAGCUGGUGCCUUGUUGAUCAGGUGUUGAUGCAUUAUUCAAAUUAGAUUAGCCAGCUAAGUCAAGUAAACAGACUUGCCAUCAUCAGUCCUGCAAUUCCACAGGUCACCACCAGAUAUUUUUGCUUAACCCUCAACUGGUUAUCAAAAACCCCCAAAAGUAUUACAAAAAAUAAAAAAUAUAUAAAAACACUUCACAAUUGCAAGAAAUAUGUACAAUAUUUACAGAGCUCUAUGCCAAGGCUUCCUCACAGGUGAAAGUGAUUGCACGUUUUGAAACCAUGCAGCCUCCCGGGUAAGAGUUGGGGUGUGAGCCGGGUGCCCUCUUCAAAGCGGCUGGCGAAGUCUGCACAAAACAAAGUGUCGUAUGUAAAGCAUGUGGAGAAGGGGGAGACCAAGGUUGGUUGUCACCGUGCUUAUGGUAAUGGUAAUGUUUUUUUUUUGUAGGCACUAACUCCGCCAAGGCUCGUUGGCCAAGCCUAUGGGGAAAUUAAUUCGGCCUCAGAAAUUGUAGCCCAAAUAAAUGCUUCACAGUGUUCAAGUAACACACAUCUCAACAUCAACUGUUCAACGGAGACUGUGUGAAUCAGACCUUCAUGGUCGAAUUGCUGCAAAGAAACCACUACUGAAGGACACCAAUGAUAAGAAGAGACUUGCUUGGGCCAAGAAAUACGAGCAAUGGACAUUAGACCGGUGGAAAUGUGUGUCCUUUGGUAUGGAGACCAAAUUGGAGAUUUUUGGUUCCAACCGCCCUGUCUUUGUGAGUGCGGUGUGGGUGAAUGGAGGUUCUCUGCUUGUAUAUUUCCCACCGUAAAGCAUGGAGGAGGAGGUGUUUAGGUGUGGGGGUGCUUUGCUGGUGACACUGUCUGUGAUUUAUUUAGAAUUCAAGGCACACUUAACCAGCAUGGCUACCACAGCAUUCUGCAGCAAUACUCAAUCCAUCUGGUUUGGGCU